GAUCACAAUGUACAAAACCAACUGGAAUGGAAUUGACCAAUGAGCGCAAGAGAAGUUGCGGAUUGACGUCGAUUCCGACCAAUAACACAGUUUGUGAAACUGUGUUUAUACCUGCCCACUUUUCCGUACAGGGAGACUGUUUUGUGUCUGGACAUCAUGGUGUGGGAGGUGGUGACUCCAACUGUGCUGUCAGGUCACUCUAAAUGUCACCAAGUGCCGGAGCCCGAGCCUCAGGCUGAGGACACAGAAAUGAUGACGGAUGCAGAUGGAGACCAAUCGCAUGAUUCGCUGCGCUGUGACGAACACUUCCCCUCCUCACCCGGAUUCCCCACCAGUGACAGUUACAUGGAAUAUGAUGACCUCCCAGAUCUACAGGAAGUUCGAGAGGAGACAGAGUCAACAGCACCACCUGUGUACCAGGUGGAGUUGGGUGUGUCACACCAGGAACGAAACAUACAGACACACAGACCAGAGCCUCCGGACACACGCUGGCUGACACAGCUAGCACACAUUGCCACUGGACCUCAGAGUCCACUGCUACAGGAGCCUCCUGACAGCAGUUCUUCUUCAGUCUGCAUCCCGAGCAGCAGCAGUGAUCUACAUUCCUACGCUCGGCCUCCUCCUCCUCUCCCCAGCAGCACCCUGUCGUCCCUCAGAGGUCACGGCAGGGAGCGUCAGCGCUGCAGGACAAACAGUGAAUGUGGCUCUGCAGUAUCCACCAGAUCUUCUCUGUCUGAUGAUGAAGACAUGGGCUGGAGUUUUUCCUGCCCACCCACUGCCUGGCACUGUUUUCUCAAGGGAACUCGUCUGCAUUUCCACAGCAGCUCAAAAAUAGAGUGGCGGGAAGCUGAGGACUUGGAGUCUGCUGAGGAAGACUCUGCUGAUGAGAAGCAGUCUAGAUUUCUAAAGAGUUAUGGCUCUGAGGGUCUGCAGCUGGUGGAGCAUGCAGAGAUUGUGUUGUCUGGUCAGGCUGUUCUACAACUGACCUUUGACCCCGGCACAUUUGGAUAUAUCCCCCUGACUGCCCGCUGCCAACUCGAUCACCCCUUCUAUGUCAAAAACAAAGGCUGGUCAUCCUUUUACCCCAGCUUGACUGUGGUGCAUUAUGGGAUACCAUGUUAUGAAAUGGAAGUGGGAGAUGUUUGCCUGCCUCCGGGACACAGAGACGCCAAGCACACAGAGGAUUCUCCAGUCUUUGACACAUUUAAAAGCUAUGAUUUCACUCCUCUGGACUCCUCGGCGGUUUACGUAUUGAGCAGUAUGGCGAGAAGGCGACGUGCUUCCCAGUCCAGCAGGGGAGCUGUUUCUCCAGACAGAGACGUGCUUCAAGAUGUGCACAGUCCCAGCCAUUCCCACGCCACUCAGCAAAAGCCCCCCAAAAACCAGCUGCUCAGUACACAGGGAGGCAGCAGCGCCACACCCACUAAGUGCAAGCGGCCAAUGAAUGCAUUCAUGCUGUUUGCCAAGAAGUUCAGAGUGGAGUACACGCAAAUGUACCCGGGCAAAGACAACAGAGCCAUCAGCGUCCUCCUCGGUGAGCGGUGGAAGAAAAUGCGAAGUGAGGAGCGUCGCGUGUUCACCCUGCAGGCCAAAGCACUCGCAGACGAGCAGAAAAGACUCAACCCAGACUGCUGGAAACGGAAACGAACCAACUCUGGCUGUCAAGGAAAUUAAGGCUACAGAGAAGAAAAGAGGACAACUGACAGAGCCUGUUGGAGUGUACACACACACACACACACACACAUACACACACUCACAUACACACAUUAAAAAAAAGAGCUAUGCAUAACCGAAUAUUACGCUUUAGUUCUAUAUUUUGUUUUGUGUUGAUCUCCUAAAUCCCUGAAUCCUGUUAUAGUAAUGCAAAAAAAAACAGCUGCCCCUGGUGAACACCUUGGGCUGCUCUCAACAAACAUCACUUUCCUUUUUCUUGCCUUUCAAAGGUGCUACUUGUAAAAUGUUGAAGUGCUAUAAAUCAUUAUUUCUUAAUAGGAAUUUUAGCAGAGGUGUCAAACAUCGCCUUUUUUUAAAAAAUGCUGCGGAACACCCGUAGUGUCUCCUGCCGGGGACCGGAUAUUUUUCCAAAGAGAUGAACGGAUUUUAGCUCCAAUGAGCAAAGUUCAUCUCUACACGUGAUUCUUACAGUGAUGUGAUAAUAUCCACAAAAAAAAGAGAAGAGAUUCUGAUGAUCUUCAGUUUCUCACACUAUGCUUGAAACAGGUGGAAGUUGAGGUGCUUUUAGCCAAAGUAGAGAAUGUAGCUAUUUUUCCAAAAUUCUAUAUUGUACAAUAAGAAAUAUACAAUUUAUUUUAUUGCCUGUAUUACUUGUAUUUGGACUCAGUGUUAUUGCACAAGGCUACAUAUAUUUUAACUUUGCUUUCAUUUAUCACGUAGCAUUUAAUAAUUAAACACCACAAACUCUUAAACGAGGGCCUGGGUUUUAUUCACCUCCCCACAAAUUAAAUGUGGCCUUUUUUAGCAGCAAUAAUAAUAAUUUGCUGCAUUUUAGUGAGUCUCCAGUAAUGCUUCAGUUUUUCUCAGUAAGGGUUCCUCGUGGAGUUGUUAUGUAAACAAAUGUGUUUACAUUCGGCGUUAGUCACCUAAACCUGCCGUGUCAUUUAGAGGACUGUGCAUCACGCCACAUGUGACAAACCAAGAGACCGCAUAAUAUCAUUUGAAUUCAUCAAGUUGAAGUGAUGAAGGGAAAAAUAACCAUUAAAUGGCAACCCAAGUUAAAGGUCUUUCAUCUUUGAGGUUAACAAUUCUAGUGGCCAACAAUGGAGGUAAAGAAAACCGUUGAAAUGUGGUGGUGCAGUAACUCUAGGUCAUCUAAAGAGGGUCAUCUGUGUGCUGGUCCACCAGCAACCAGAAACAAGUUGCUUUACAUGUAGACGUGGCUUAAAACUCUACAGGGAAGCUUUAAAGAACUCCUUGAAUCCCUCACUUGCCCAAAGCUUUUAUUUCGAAAUAAGUAACCAAUGUAUUUAAGGAAGUAGAACCACACUCUAAUUGUACUUUGAAGUAAUUGACGAUGACUUGGACAGUAAAUAAUGCCACUGCUUAAAGUUUAACUUUACCUGUGACUACUGGUGGCUUGACUCCGUGUAAAAAAAAAUAUAUAAAAAAAAAUAAUAAUAAAUUAUUAAUAAUAAUAUUAAUAAUAAUACUACAAAUAUAUAUAUAUGUAUUCUAGUCACUGUCAGGCAGGUAGUGUGCACACUGAGAAAAAUUAUGACGUCCCCAUUGAUUAACCGCUACUGUGAACAUACGGUGAAGCUAAAUGCCAAGAAAUCAUCAUGAGCAGUCGAUAUGAUCAGAAACAGGAAAAUGUAUGAUGAUGAGGUUUUGUGGUGUAUUUUAGUCAGGAUGUUUUGUUUUUGGGAAAAAUAAACAACAUUGUGAAUGUGUUUACAUGCACAUGGUAAAGAGUAAAGACGGAAGGAAAUUUUACAUUAUUGUGCCCUUAAAAUUUAGAUUCUUAAAGAUGAAAAUGGGAAAGGAAAUGAAACAGCCCUGAGGCCUCACUGAUAGUAGGGAAUGCUUGCCAAAUGCACUAAGAAGAAUUCUGGUAUACAAUCAUAUGCAUUAAAAAAACUAACAGUACUGUUCCUCUUACUAACUAACUCAAAGUGAAACACACGUCUCAGUUUGGAAAACUUUCCGCCUGAAAAGCGAGACCCAGGGCUGGGUCGUCAUACCUUAAUAAAAAACAGGAGAUAUUCCCCCUGUGUGCAUGUAAACACACCCACUGCUAAAAAUGUUUGGAACUCAACAGGUGUAUGGGAACUCAGCUGUGUGAGGAUUUAGAGAUGUCACGCAAUUAUUAUGAGAGAGUGGGUUUGUGUAGAUUUGCUAUCCAGGCAGAGUGCAGGAAGGGUGGGCA